AUGCAUAACUCUUCGAACACAGAUUAUACCCCACGUCUGUGGGAGUAUCUUGAUAAUGGUUGGAUGUCAUCAUCUGGUCCCCUGCCUUCUCUUGUUGUACUGUCUGGUGUAGGUCAAGAUAUAAACGAAACCAUUGAAAUUCUCGAGAAAAAUCAGAAAAUUAUCUACUACUGCUCUUUGAUAAUACGUCUCUGCAACGAUCAAGCAACUUCAGCUUCCGAACUGGAGAGAGACGUGUUCCUUUGCUUCACCGAUGACGUGGGAGAAUUCAAGACAAGUGCACGUUUGGAUGCCAAAUUAGUUCUUCAACUUUGGGAAACCUCUUAUCUUGGCAUGGAAAAUGAAUGCUUGUUGGAUACAUCCCAAGUUUUUGCCAUAGAGAAUUUGAGGGCAAAUCGUGGAAUAUUUUCACUGGCUUGUCCGUUGCAUUUGAGUGUCGAAUGGUUUAAUGUCAAGAAACAUAUCCACGUAUAUGAGAAAGAGAACAAGACUAGGACCGUGUUGCUUCUGCUGGGUAGACUUAACUUCAACAUGGCUCAAGCCCAACAGCAAAAGGAUCUUAAGGAGAUUUUAAGGAAUUCCACAAUGGAAAAAUCAGGUGAUCAACAAUCUUUGAACAGCCAAAUGAAGAUAGAGUCCGUCGAAAGGCGAACUGCUAAUUACAAGCCAAACAUCUGGAAUUACGGUCUACUACAGUCUCUAGCAAACCAAUAUGAUGACGAGAAAUACAGAAGACAAGUGGAAACGUUGAAAAGGGAAGUCUCGUGCAUGUUUGAAGAAGUGAAUGAUCCAGUGGCAAAGUUAGAGCUUAUAGAUUGUAUUAGCAAUUUAGCUCUUUCUCACUACUUUGAAAAAGAUAUCUAUGAAACCCUAAACACGAUGGUGAAUAUGAACUUUGGUUCUUUAAUGGAAAAGAACCUCUACGGCACUGCCUUAUACUUUCGAAUUCUUAGGCAGUAUGGCUAUGAGAUUUCACAAGACGUGUUCCUUUGUUUCACUGAUGAUGUGGGAGAAUUCAAGACAAGUUCACAUUUGGAUGCUAAACCAAUUCUUCAACUUUUGGAAGCCUCUUAUCUUAGCAUGGAAAGUGAACGUUUGUUGGAUAGAGCCCAAGUUUUUGCCACUGAAAAUUUGAGAGCAAAUAAUCAUGAAAUAUUUUCACUGGUUUGUCCAUUACAUUUGAGUGUCGGGUGGUUUAAUGUCAAGAAACAUAUCCUCGCACAAGAAAAAGAGAAAAAGACUAAGUCUAUGUUGCUCCAGCUGGGUCAAGAUAUAACCGAAACCAUUGAAAUCCUCGAGAACAAUCAAGAAAUUAUCUACUACUCCUCGUUGAUAAUACGUCUCUGCAAUGAUCAAGGAACUUCAGCUGCCGAACUGGAGAGAGGUGAUGCACCUUCAUCAAUCCUAUGUUACAUGAGAGAAGCAAAUGUUACAGAAGAGGAAGCUAGAGACCAUAUCAGAAACAUCAUUGCCAAUUUAUGGAAGAAAAUCAAUGGCAUAUGCCUGUAUGGUUCUCCUAAUUUGCUGCAAACACUGGUUAAGAAUUCCACAAUGGAAAUAUCAGGCGAUCAACAAUUUUUGAACAGCCAAAUGAAGAUAGAGUCCAUCGAAAGGCGAACUGCAAAUUAUAAGCCAAACAUCUGGAAUUACUCUCUCCUACAGUCUCUAACAAACAAAUAUGAUGAAGAGGAAUACAGAAGACAAGUGGAAACAUUGAAAAGGGAAGUCUCGUGCAUGUUCGAUGAUGUGAAGGAUCCAGUGGCUAAGUUAGAGUUUAUAGAUUGCAUUAGCAAGUUAGCGCUUUCUCACUACUUUGAAAAAGAUAUCCAUGAAACCCUAAACACGAUGGUCAAUAUGAACAACUUUGGUUCUUGCAUGGAGAAGAACCUCUACCACACUGCAUUAUACUUUAGAAUUCUUAGGCAGUAUGGAUAUAAGAUUUCACAAGACGUGUUCCUUUGCUUCACUGAUGACGUGGGAGAAUUCAAGACAAGUGCACAUUUGGAUGCCAAAUCAAUUCUUCAACUUUUGGAAGCCUCUUAUCUUGGCAUGGAAAGUGAAUGCCUGUUGGAUACAGCCCAAGUUUUUGCCAUAGAGAAUUUGAGAGCAAAUCAUGAAAUAUUUUCAUUGGUUUGUCCUUUGCAUUUGAGUGUCGAAUGGUUUAAUGUCAAGAAACAUAUCCAGGCACACGAGAAAGAGAACAAGACUAGCUCUAUGUUGCUUCAGCUGGGUAGACUUAACUUUAACAUGGGUCAAGCCCAACAACAAAAGGACCUCAAGGAGAUUUUAAGGUGGUGGAGAAAUCUUGACCUUUCAGAAACUUUAAUCUUCACAAGAGAUCGAGUAGUUGAAAGUUUUUUGUGGGCAGUGGGAGUUGUUUCUGAGCCUCAGCAUGAAAGCCUUCGAAAAUGGCUGACUAAAAUCAUCAUGUUCGUCUUGAUAAUCGAUGAUGUCUAUGACAUUUACGGUUCGACAGAAGAAUUGGAGUGCUUUACCCAUGCUGUUGAUAGGUGGAAUCACACAGAAAUUCAGCAGCUGCCAGAAGCCAUAAGGAGAUGCUUCUGUGCACUAUAUGAUACAACCAAUGAUAUGGAUCUGCAAAUUCAACAAGAAAAGGGCUGUAAUUCAGUGUUAUCAUAUUUAAAGAAAGGGUGGGCAGAUUUCUGUCAAGCAUUGCAUGUGGAAGCAAAGUGGUACCACACAGGUUAUACCCCACGUCUGUGGGAGUAUCUUGAUAAUGGUUGGAUAUCAUCAUCUGGCCCUUUGCUUUCUCUUGUUGUACUCUUUGGUGUAAGUCAAGAUAUAACCGAAACCAUUGAAAUCCUCGAGAACAAUCAAGAAAUUAUCUACUACUCCUCGUUGAUAAUACGUCUCUGCAAUGAUCAAGGAACUUCAGCUGCCGAACUGGAGAGAGGUGAUGCACCUUCAUCAAUCCUAUGUUACAUGAGAGAAGCAAAUGUUACAGAAGAGGAAGCUCGGGACCAUAUCAGGAACAUCAUUGCCAAUUUAUGGAAGAAAAUCAAUGGCCUAUGCAUAAAUAGUUCUCCUAAUUUGCUGCAAACACUUGUUAAGUAUAUUAUAAAUAUAGCGCGAGUGGCUAAUUUCAUUUACCAGAACGGAGACGGAUUCAGCGUUCAAGAUGGAGACACGAGAGAUCAAGUCUUGUCUUGUUUAAUAGAGCCUCUUCGGCAAAACUGCUCAAACGUAGAAUGGAGAAAAUAUUAA